UUGGGGGGGGAGGGGGGCACAGAACACCCAGGGUCAGCCAUGACCAUGCAUGGAGCAAACACGAAAAGCGGGGCUGGACGCCCCAACGGGAGCCUGGAGGAGCAGUACGGAGCCCUGGCCGUGGACACGGCACUCAGCACCUUGCUGGCCGUGCUCGUCUACGUGUUACUCAAAGUCAGUUUGGACGGGAUCCGCCAAUGGCGGGCCAAGGUGUCGGUGCUGAUCGUGGGCUCCGGUCCAGUUGGCCUGACAGCCGCCCUGGUCGCUGUCCGGUCCGGGAAAGUGCUGAAGUUGACGGUGCUGGACGAGCGCCCCAGGACCGCGCUGCUCUGCAGACCGCAGCAGAUCGCCCUGGACCCCCGCAGCGUGAAGUUCCUGCUGGGAUUAGGGGUGGAUUUCGAUAACAUGGAAGGCUGCUGGCAUAACGAGCACUUCUUCACCAAGAUCGGGGUGUUUCAGGAGUAUCUACUGAGCAUCCUGGAGCAAAAGAAGCAGAAGGUUAACGUCAAAGUGCACCUCGGCGUCAAGUUCACCGAGGACUACCUGAGGAGGGUGCCGGGACCAGACUGGCCGCGCAUCAUCGUGGUAGCAGACGGCUCGUGUGGAGACUCCUGCUCCGUGCUGGGAAUCAGCUCCGACUACAUCGUGGAGUCCUGCAAUGCCUAUGGCGCUAACGCCACCAUUGAGAGGCUGGACCAGAGACAGGUCCCCACCCCUGAAAUCCGGGCACACAGUCUGUACUUUGACCUCUCUGCAUAUGGUGUGGACGCCAUCAAGGAGACUCGUGGUGCAACGCAGGCCGCUGCGAUGAGACCCGGCUUUCAUCUCAAGAUUUACGGAACGUUCCGGAAUCGCUACAUGGCCCUGAUGUGCCCACUGUCUGACUCCAAGAUGGUGCGCUUCUUGCGCCAUACCACCAACUCCUCGAUCAUGAAGAACAUCUUUUACCAGUCCUUCAACGCCUACAAGACGGACAUCGAGCCGCGUCUGAACGAGCUGACGCAGCGGCACAUGCAGUGCAGCCGCAAGCUCUUCGAGGUCCUGCUGUCCCACCGCAGGGUCAGCGCGGCCUACAUCGAGGGUGACAACGUGGCCGUGACCGUGGAGGGCGAGGCCGCCCGCGUACUCAACUUCGACACUGGAUGUGGGGUGAACCUGGGCAUGAGGGGCCUGGAGUCGCUGGGUAGGUUUAUCUACAGGACGGCCACAGCGGUGGACCAGAACGACGUGCUGGAGGCCCUCUCAGCCAAGAUCCAGCACUCGAAGCAGGUGGCGGAGUCGUUCCGGCAGACGGGGCUGGCCUCCGCCAUGUUCGAGUGAGGAAGAGGCAGUGGUUUGGGUCCAGGAUGUCCGCACACGGGGAACUGCGCUGGUUUGCUUCCGGCCUGUAAUGCUGACAGUAACUUGCAGCUGAUGGGGUGUAAACAGCCAUCUGUCACUGUCACUUAUGAAACUGUGCCUGUCAUUGCUUCCCGGGGCCUGCCUUUCCACUUUCUGACGGAGAGAGCGUCUUAUACUAUGGGCAGAGACACGGGAUGACGUCAAUGUGCUACUAACGUCCUGAACUCUCCUUACAGUGCGUGAGCAGUGGUUAUGUGCAUUUGGAAGCUCUUUGUCGUAGUACUACGUUACUGCGGUGCCUGUGAUGUGGGGCCGCAUUGAUUUCUGACCGCAGCUGCUGGGCAAAGAGAUCAAUUUGUGAGCUUUUUGAUGUUAUUCGUAAUUGGGAAAUAUGCUGAUUUAAUAAGGGGUCGGUCACACUUCCUGUGAAUUGUGUUUGCGGUUGAAACCUGUUAAGCCUGCGUUUUGGCGUCGCUGUUGCGUACAUGCAGUGCAGUGCGACGUUUCAUGCGACUCCUUGUGUCACUCUGCUUCUGAGUGGAAUCGCUGACCCCUGCUGUAACGUUGGAGUAACGACAAAGCCUUGUCUUUUCCCGCACUCUCUCUCCUUGUCCGUGAGACGCCCCCUGGAGGCAGCUGGUGUCCUGUGCGGUGUGCUGUUUAUCUCAGGCCUGCCACGCUGCUUGGCAGUCCUCCUGACUGGAUUAGCAGUUGUCAGCUUCCAGAAAGUGCCUCGUAGAGCGCAGCAGAAACGCUGGGCUGAUUCCACACAAGGUCAGCGGAUGUAAAGAUUGUAUGACAGCCUUGCUAGCAGCCUGAGUGUUUAUAUAAACAGUUUGUGUAUCGUCAUGGGGAAAGUGUCUUUAUGAUUGGAGAGUUCAUUUUUCUCUGUGAUCCUGUUGAGUACAGUAUGAUCCUGUGUAAAAAUAUUGCAUCUGUAAAAAAAGUACAUAAUAAAAAGAUGAAUACA